AUGGCAACAAAAAAUACUGGUGAUGAACCAAAACAUAAAAAAAAAGAAUCUAUUAUGGAUCUCUCAAAAUAUAUGAAUCAAAAAGUUAGGAUUAAGUUUCAAGGAGGUAGAGAAGCUGUUGGAGUUUUAAAAGGUUACGAUCCUUUACUCAAUAUGGUUCUUGAUGACACUGUUGAAUAUUUAAGAAGUUCAGAAAAUGAUGACGAGACAACUAUAAAAAGUCGUCAUCUUGGUGUAAUUGUUGCCAGAGGUCCAUCAAUCACAAUUCUUGGGCCAGAAAUUGGUGUGAUGGAAAUUGAUAAUCCUUUUAUUGAUACAUCAACUUAA